UAGGGUGUAAAUAUGCGGAAAUCAAUAUAAAUACAGACAAGAUGGCGCUGUUUACUGCUCGUAACUUAACGUUGUGUUUUAUAUCGUUAAUAAACUUUGUUUUUGUGUUUGUUACCGCAGCGGAUUUUGUCCGUUUUAUUUCAUUUCGUCCUGUUUAUCACAACAUCACCGGAGACGCGCCUCUCUGUGACGAUGAUGUGUUAUGGUCUGUGGCCCUGAGAGACACAGCAGUGUUGAGGUGUUUAGUUGUAGAUUUGUUGCUGUUGGUGCUGUUCAGUGUUCAGCACAGCCUACUGGCCUGGACGCCUGUUAAACAUGUGUGUCAGUCUGUACUGGGAGUGUUAAACAGAGCCAUGUACUGCUUCACUACUGCACUUGCACUGCAGCUAUUGAUGCGGUACUGGCAGCCUGUGACCAGCGCCCCCUGUCUGUGGUCAGUGCGCAAUGCACCCUGGGAUAUCUGGUUUCCACUCAUCUGUUUCACUGUACACUUCCUGUGCUGGGCUGUGAUCUGCAGCAUCCUGCUCAUAUUUGACUAUGCAGAGCUGCUCGGGCUGAAACAGGUGUAUUAUGAGUGUUUAGGUCUGGGGGACCCUCUCUCCCUGAAGUCGCCCUGUGCCCAGCGUCUGUAUGCCCACCUUCGCCACCCCGUGUGUGUGGAGCUGCUGCUGGUGCUCUGGUUCUUGCCCACUCUGUCAGUGGACAGGGGUGUGUUGGCGACCUACUUGACACUUUACCUGGCCAUGGCCCACUCUCUGGAUGCAGAGGACUGUAUGUACCUGAGUGCUCAGCUCCACAGAAAGAUGCACAUCUUCUCCACAUCUGCAGGGGGCGACAGACACACACACAGUAACAACAACAACGACGAUGAUGAGCGCAAACUAGAUUAACCUCAUCCACGUCAGACCAAGUACUGCAGUUAACACACUUUCGCUGCCUUUUGAGCUUUGAGAUUUAACCGAGGCCAAGUCGAUAAGGGUGUUAACAUCAGUAUGGAACACAGCUGCUGGUUUUCUGCUCGCUCCUGUUUAAUACAGUUAAAAAAGAACUCAGCUGUUUUUACUGUUAUUAGUCUUUUGGUAUUUUUUAUAUAACAUAUAAUUUUGCGCUACGACAAUAUGCACAAAGAUCAGCAGGUCUUCCAUAACCCCAGUGUUUCCAUCCUGGUCCUUUAUUCUCCCUCGUUCUUCAUUCUCUUAACAAAUAAACCAGAUUUAUUGAUAACUCCACAAAGCCUUAUACAGGAGUUUCUCAGGACUGUGUUAUCUGAGGUAACCUGUGUGUACAGACAAGUGUAGUGAGGUGUGUGUGGUUUGGUGUAACACGGCUGUGGAACGUCACUCAUCAUGUCGGCUCAAGGUUUAUGUUGAGAUUUACUUUAUUUAUGUUUAUUUAGUCAUUUCAUUUCAUAAUUUAAUGGAGGUCACGGUGGCUUAGUGGUUAGCAGGUUCGCCUCACACCUCCAGGGUUGGGGGUUCGAUUCCCGCCUCCGCUGUGUGUGUGUGUGUGUUACAGUGUGUGUGUUACAGUGUGUGUGUAACGACAGUAUCGACAAACCUCAGUGUGUGAUUUCUUCUUGUGUUACAACUUUGUCUCAGUGGCUUCAUUGUUGUGUACUGUGUGUGUUUUUAAUGUCAGGUUUAAUCAGGACGACUUCCCACAUCGUUCUCUGUUCCUCAGAGCAAAGGGCAGCCUGAGACUCUAACAACAGUUAAACAGGAAGAGAUUAAGGACAAACUGAUCGAUUUAUCAUUUAGUCUCAUAACCACGCUGAUGAAGUAUCACACUUCAGUCUGAAUAAUGACAUGAUGAGAUUUUAGAUAAACCAGAAAGUGUAACAAAGUUAAUGAGCAGAAAAAGUACACAAGAGGAAGUGAGUGAGUCUGAGGAGAUGAUGAUGAUGAUGAUGAUGAUGAUGAUGAUGAUGAUGAUGAUGAUGAUGAGUUUUUCUGGAUGGUACAAACACUAAAGUCUAAAAAUUCAGGAAUAAAAUAAACUCAACGAUUAACAAAACCUGAACCUAAACGUCUCCUUGCUGCAUGUGGCAGACGUCUUAAUACAGUGAUAUAGAAAAGUCUCUAUUGAUGACAACAUCUCCUCUGGUUCAGCAGGACACACAUCAGAUAGCAUCAGUAUAAAACACUCAGGACCUUCAGUGUUCCUCACAUGGAUGUGAAUCCCAUGACCUCCUGAAGACCACGACAGAUUACAGAUCUUUACGUAGAUGUGUUUUUUUUUUUAUCUUAGUCUGAAAGUGUUUACUGAUUUGUUUUACAGAUUUUUGGAAUAACUGCUGGUUGUGUUGCUUUUCUGUGCAAGUAUAUGUUUUUAAUCAUGAUGUAAAAGUUUCAAUUAAUUAUUAAAUAAAUAAAUAUAGGUGUUGAAUCGGUG